ACGACGUCACGUCUUUCGGCGUGUCAUGUGACCUGGAUUGUGGAAAUGUUUUGCAAUCGAAAUCCUUGUUUUUCAAGCCUCUGAUUAACUGAAUUAAGUCUUUUAUAUCGGAAUAUAGACAUCGACAUGUUUAGUCGAAGUUUGUUAAUAGUUAGUCGAGGUGGAGUCUAUCCAGAGAGAGGGUCCAGAUGUGUUUAAAAAGAGAGAGUUAAUGUGGUAGUGGUCGUAGGAUGCCCCGCCGGAAGCGCACAGCGGAUCAAGACGGAAGAAGAGCAAAAUUAAGUAAAGUGGAGAAUUAUGAAGAGACUCUGGUCAUAUCUGACUCUGAUCAUGAAGAGGAGGAACAAUGUGCUGUUAAAUCAUCCACUCGGGCAUCUCGAUGGAGACGAAGGGAAAAUGAUUCUCAACUACAAGAGAUGACAGAAGAUGAGAUGCUGAACCUGGCGAUGAGGCUGAGUGCUCAGGAAGCAAACAGUGCUGCCCAGAGACAACACCUGGAAGACAACGACAUACAAAAAGCCAUCGUGGAGAGUCUUAAUGACCGCAGUGUUAAAUCAUCAGUGCGUUGGUAUGAAGCCACCAGCUCUUCAGCUCAACAACAGCAGAGCGAAGCAAAAGUGAAAUCACUCUUAAGACGAAAGCUUUCCUACCCAAGCCAAGGUGGAGCACUCCAUGGAAAAGAGAGUCCUGCUGCACUGGAUGGCGAAAAUAAGCAGGAAACAACCAGUCCACUGCCAGAAAUGCACGAUCUGUCAAGGACGACCACCCCGCAUCAUUCAUCGUGUAAUUCAGCUCUGCUCUCUGGGCCUCAUGCAGCCUCUCAGAAAACUCAUGACUUGAAUCAAGUGAAGGACCAGAUUACUCCGAAUGAGAACAUAAAAGCUGACUCUGAAAGAGCACAGAACACUCAGUCUUGGCAUGGGUUUGCUAGUCACAUGGUCUUACAUUUAACAGAUGAUGAAGAUGAUGGUAGCGAAGAGGUUCACUCCCCGAGCCCAGUCUUCCACCAGGAGACAGUUUCACAGCUAGCCCAGAACAAGCUUUCCCCAACCCAACCCUGCAUCCCUCAAGCUUCUGUCACCCUCAGUCCUUCCACAAAAGACUCACAGAUGUCUCAGCCUGCACUGGAGGAGAACUUAAGAACAUCUAGAGGCCCAGUAUUCAAACACUCUGAUUGCAAAAGACCAAAUACUGCAGUGGGGAAGGGAGAUUGUACUGUGUCAUACUACUGGGGAGUUCCUUUCUGCCCCCAUGACCAAAACCCAGAUGACUACACGCAUGUGAUCAUGUGUCAGCUGGAGGUGUAUGAGAAGACCCUGAAGGAGGCCCAGCGAGAGCUGCUGCGCAAAGCAGAGUGGAGUCCGCCAGUGUUGCCUGGUUCAUCAGAGAGGCCGUGUGGCACGAGGAGAUGGAAGCGCCACAGAGAUCUGCAGAUGUUAGAGGAUGAGGAGGAGAAAGAAGAAGAGGGGGAGAAAGAAAACAGCAGAAUAGAAGUAGAGGGAGAGGAGGAAAACCGGGAGGAGUCUGUGGUGGGAUCAGAAGAGGCUGCUAAGGUUGGACAGUGUGAAACUUAUGUUGUGCUGCCUUCUCCUGGGACUGAAGAUGAAGUGCAGCAAAAAUCACCUUUCUUUAGCCAAGUGGAGCCCAUGCCUGGAUCUAAACAUUUCAGGAAAGAUGCAUCAGAUGAUGAUCAAAAACAGCUUCCAGAUGAGCAAGAGGAAGAGGAUGCACAGAAUCACGAGGGUUAUGAAGAAGAAACGAUAGUUUGUCCAGAAACUCAGAUGACUGAAAGCAGCACACCAGAGCUAAUGGUGACAAGUCCUGACAGUCCCACACAGCCUCAGUCUCGUGUUGAGAGCGAGUUGAUUGAGGGGGAGGGAGGAGCUCCUGUAGCAGAGGAGGUGGUGAUGGAGCAGGACAGUGUGCCAGCAGAGGCCGCACCAACUGACAGUCAGAGGAUGGAGUGUCCCAUGUGCUUAAAACUCUUCCCUCUUAGCAGGAUUGAGGUGCAUGCAGCCUUCUGUGAUGGUGAAGCAGAGGACCAAGACCAAAAAGAAGACCAGUCACCAGUUGUUUCCUUAAGGAAGCGGACCAGAAAAGAUGUGACAGAGGAGACUCGACACAGAUCUGGGAACAGAACAGCAAAGAUGGAGAAGUGCUUUCUGUGUCUGGGGUUCUUUCCACCUCAGGAGUACCCGGAACAUGUCGAUUUGUGCUUAAAAAAGAGAGACUCAAAAACCAAUCAGGAAAACGGCCUGCUUUCUGCUCUUGACCAGACAGAAAGGAGACAUAUUGGCAGUGAUGAUGCUGGACCAUCUGAUAUUUCUAUAAAGAGCAACUGUGGCCUUGGAGAUCCUGCAGUGAUCGGUACAUCUGGAGAAAGUGUAGAAUGCUCUGCGAUGACUUCCGCUCCCAGUAAUGCCUUCGCUCCUCUAGCAGAGGACACCGACUGCCUUAUUGACUCCUCUAAGAACAGCCAAAGACUUUCAAGAAAGAGAAAAUUCAAAAGAUAGUGUCGGCAUGCUUUUAGGAACACUCGUGUCUGUCCUUUUUCAAAGCCUCUCCCUUUGUUUGACUUUUUAUAAUUGAUGUGUACAAUGCAUACAUGAUUAAUCUAUUUAAAGUCUUUGUUGUCUUAUUGAUGUUUAUUAAAUGAAAUUGCCCUUUUGAUGGGCUAAUGACAUGUAUUAAUAAAUGUGUCUCUUGAUUGUUUAUUACCAAGAUAAUAAUGAACUUAGUUUCUCAUUCUGCUUUCAGAUUCAUGAAAACAUAAAAAGUAUUUACUAAUCACACCUAGCAUCUUGUUCCAAGCUGUAUAAGCAUUAGCCAUACCAUAUUCUGAAAGGCCCCUUCCAAACUGUUGGCUCUGUUUUCUGUGGAUAUUGAUAUUUCCUUUUCACUAAACAUCCUGAUCUAGUCUAGUCCUGUUUACACCUUCAAGGAAUAUUCCACAUUCAAGCCAAGUUAAGAUCAAUAGCUAGCAGUUGUGGCAAUUUUGAAUACCACAAAAAACUCAAUCCACAUUUUCAAAAUAUCGAGGAGGUAAAUGGGGCCAUUUUUUGAAAGGUUUAAAGGCAGAGAUGUGAAUCUUAUCUUAUAAAUAUAAAUACAUUUUCUGGUAAAAUGUGUAUUAUUUGAGCUUUAAAGUUCUUUAAAUCAUAAUUUUUUCAUUGGACUGCUAAAUUAUUGGGUUUUUGAUGUUGUAAAAUUGGAUAUAUCUUAAAUGAAUGUUUAGUAAGUUGUUUUAUUACACUAAAAUCAUG